AUGCAGGAGGUUAACGCCCAGGCAUUUAUAAGAGCGCUUUACGGUCGUGAGAAAAAACAGCUAAAUGAGUGCUACUUCACUUUUCCCAUUUGGCAGUUUGCGCAUUAUUCAAUCCUAUUUCGAUGGGAAGUUUCACAUUUCAUUCUCGGAAAUUUUGGAUCUGGGGCAUAUGAUUGCUGUGCCCGACCCGGGAAAAAAUAUGUUCAUAUGAUCGACAAGGAGGACUAUUUGAAGAAGUUGAUUUUGAUUUUGGAAUGCGCGUGGCCUAUUGCGCAGGGGAAUACUGUGAGCAAUGAUUUGCUACACAUCAGUGGUCCAAGUCAUUUUUUCUGCCCAGGUGAAAACCCGAGUCUGUCCACGGGUCACGAUGAGUUCGCUCAUCAAGUGCAAGAUUGCAAUCAGAAACCUCCAAGUUGA